CCUCGUUUUUGUGUGCGUGCUUCAUAACGCCCCGGCCAGAUUUGUGUCUGAACGCCUCUGUUUCAGCACUAUCUCGAUAUGCUAGCCUUGAGCUGCCUGCUACACUGACAAGUUUCUGCGAUAUAGCCGAGAGUGGCUACGCGAGAGAGCAUCACAGCCUGAUAGCCUGCUGCUACCCCGGGAGAGGCGAUGAUGGCGGCGGCCGUAGAGAGAGGAGGAGUGCGGGCCGCUUUCCUGAACCCAGGUAGCGGCGGCGGGAUCGGUGGACCACCCCCGGCACCUAUGCCCUCUGCUCCCGGAGCCGCGGUUGGAGCGGGAGGCAUGGGUUCGAAUUCGGGUGGGUCGGAUGGUCCCAUGCCCGUGCCUAUGAAUCUUUUUGCGACAUGGGAAAUAGACCGCUCUUCUCCGAGUUGUGUUCCAAGAUUGUGCAGCCUGACCCUCAAGAAGCUGAUUGUCCUCAAAGAAUUGGACCGAGAGCUUAGCUCCGUGGUGAUAGCUGUCAAAAUACAGGGCUCCAAGCGCAUCUUGAGGUCCAACGAGUAUGUCGUUCCUCCAGAUGGACUGAUGGAGACUGACCUUGAGCUGACCUUCUCACUCCAGUAUCCCCACUUCCUCAAAAGGGACGCCAACCGAUUGCAGAUCAUGCUGCAGAGGAGGAAGCGAUAUAAAAACCGCACCAUCCUGGGGUAUAAGACCUUAGCUGUGGGCGUCAUCAAUAUGGCAGAGGUGAUGCAGCAUCCGACAGAUGGAGCCCAGAUCCUGGGUCUCCAUAGCAACGUGAAGGAGGUGCCGGUGCGUGCGGCCGAGCUCAGCGUGUAUUCCCUGUCCAGUCAGCCCAUUGACCAUGAGGACGGCAGCGGGCAGCCAGGGACUAAGGCCAAAGCCUUAGAUCGCUCCCCGGAUAUGGACAACUACUCAGAGGAUGACGACGACAGCUACUCCUCGGAGCAGGAAGCUAGCGACGAUGCUGUUCAACCAGUGGACCUGUACGAUGAGGAUGAGGAUGUGCAAAGGAAGCCAAAGAAAAACCGGAGGAAAAUGAUUCGUACAACAUCCAUGACAAGGCAACCCAAUUUCAAACAGAAGUUUGUGGCCCUGUUGAAGAGAUUCAAAGUGACGGAUGAGGUUCUGGACUCGGACCCAGUGGACCAAACCCAGGAGGUGGAGGAGGAUCUGGACCUGCUCUAUGAUAGUCUGGAGGUUUACAACCAGAGUGACAGCGGCCCUGAGAUGGAGGACAACGAGAGUGUCCUCAGCACGCCCAAACCCAAACUCAAGCCCUUCUUUGAGGGAAUGUCCCAUUCGAGCUCCCAGACUGAGAUUGGGAGUCUACACAGUCAGAAGAGCCAGCCCAGGGACCUGGCCAGCAUCGGUGGAGAGCUGCUGUCCCCGGACAGGGCCAAAGUCCAAAUAGGGACCAAGUAUACAGACGACAGCGCCAGAUUGGAGUCUCCUGCAGGGGACGCGGAGGAUGAGGAGACAAGGGCUGGCACAGGGUCAGGGGAGGCUAACCCCACUCCCAUCAGCUGGGACCUGAGCACGGACAAACUGCCCGGCCCAGUGGCCAAACUCUGCAAGACCGAGUCCCAGACACUCAUGUCGCCGAGUAAAACAGAGAACAAGCUGCAGAGGCGUCCUAGGAGCACAUCCAUGAAGGACCGACAGAACUCCAAGGCCCAGAGUGACAGGACCAGCAGCAUCGACAGCGAGACAUCCCCGGAAUCCAGGAUCGCUGUCCAGGUCCCCAGGAAGUCAGUGUAUGACCAGCUAAACCAGAUCCUUAUCUCCGACGAGCAGCUCCCCGAGAGCAUCAUCCUCAUCAACACCACAGACUGGCAGGGCCAGUAUCUAUCUGAGAUUCUCCAUGAGCACAGCCAGCCUAUCGUGUGCACCAUCUCUGGUGCGGAUGUCCAUGCGGCCUUCAACACCAUAGUCACCAGGAUCCAGAGAUUCUGUAACUGCAAUGCCCAGACACCCCCCACCAUCAAAGUGGCAGUGGCCGGAGACCAGAGUUACCUCAGCACCAUCCUCAGGUGCUUCGUGGAGCAGCUAGCCAACAAGACGCCUGAUUGGCUCAGCUACAUCCGCUUCCUGGUCAUCCCUGUUGGCACUCAUCCUCUGGCCAAACACAUGUCUUCGUUCGACAGUAAGUUCAACAACAUCUUCAUGGACGCUGGCUGGAGGGACUUGUUCGGCAGACUGGAGGCCCCAACAUCAGUUUCCAUAGACAACAUUGAUGUAGCAGGCCGCGUGUCUCAGUACCUGGCUGGGGCCAGCGUCUCGCACCAGUGUCCCAUCUCUGAGGCCAUGCUCACCUACAAACAGAAAAGGAAGAGAAGCUUGUAUUUUGAUUUUUACAUCAGCCCUGACGAGGACUCCUGUCAGAAGUUUGUGCCAUUCAUUGGGCUGGUGAAAGUGGGCAUCGUUGAGCACAACCUUUCAACCUCAAUGGACUCUGAUGAUGCUGUGAUGGGGAGCAUCAAUAUGCUGGCCUCCCCUCCCCCCCAGCCGGGACCACCCUACAUGAAGGACCUGACCUGCACCCCGCCCCCCUCCCCCUCCGUCUCAGCCACCCUCGCCGGAGCCGGCUCUCCGGUGACGGGCGGGGAGGUGAUGGGGCUCCAGGUGGACUACUGGGCAUGUCACGGCGUCGACAAGAAGAAGGAAGGCGAGAAGCGAGACGUGGGCAUCAAGAAUACCCUAAAGAGCAACUUCCGCUCGCUGCAGGUGUCCCGCAUCCCCAACGGGGGCGAGCUGACCCCUCCUCCCGGCAUGGCCAUGACCGUCGUCAUGAAGGAGAAGAACAAGAAAGUGAUAUUCCUGAGUAAAAAGCCCAAGGAGAAGGAGGUGGACUCCAAGAGCCAGGUGAUCGAGGGCAUCAGCAGGCUGAUCUGCGCUGCCAAACACCAGCACACCAUGCUGAGAGUGUCCAUUGACGGUGUGGAGUGGAAUGAUGUCAAGUUUUUCCAGCUGGCCGCCCAGUGGCCCACUCACGUCAAGCACUUUCCUGUUGGCAUCUUCGGCUACACCAAGCCUGCCAUGUGACAUAUCACUGCCACCUAAACCCAAGUAUGGGUAGCUGCAGCCCAAUAUGGCGACCGGAGUAUGGGCAAGCGGGUGUGUCGAAAGGAGUGGGCGUAUGGAAAGCUAAUCAGCUAUUUGGGAAGAUUUGUUGCCACUCAAGACCGUUUUGCAUGGCUGAUACGAGUCAAUAAGCCACCGACCACUGCAGCGGUUUUGUAUCGAGGUGCCUGCUGACCGGAGGUGCUUCCAACUGGGCAGCCGUGUCACAUAGUCGCCAGCGGUAGCUAACAUGGCAAAAACAAAAAAAAUCUCCCAUGAUUUUGUUUCCAAUAGGAUAGAAGCCUACAUAAGAAAUAACUAAUAUUGAUAACCAUUGAGAUUUCACAUUGAUACAUACAUACAGUCUACUCAAUGGGCAGGGCAUGAAGGGCAACAACACCUGGACACAGUGUCCUUGCUCCCGCUUUGCCAAGCACCACUGUCCCGAUGUGAGAAGUAGCUAUUUAGUAAUAUCAGGGUGACAGUCACAGUGAGCAUACGCAUACAAGCAAUAGUACACCCAUCAUCAGUACUUUUCAUUUUUUUUAAAUAAACAAUUUGUCAGUUUUACAACUUAAAAAGGUACAAUUAUUUGUGUAAAACUAAAAGCGAAAUACGAUAGUUGUGUGGUAAGAACCGGGAACAAAAAAAACUGCAUCAUCAAAACCGUCUAACCCACUGGUUCUCAAUCCUGGUCCUGUGGACCCAAAGGGAUGCACAUUUUUUUCCCCCAUAGCACUACACAGCUGACUCAAAUAAUAAACUCAUGAGACUUUGAUGAUUUAAAUCAGGUUUGUAGUGCUAGAGCAAAAAUCUAAAUGUGCACCCCUUUGGGUCCCCAGGAUCAGGAUUGAGAACCAGUGGUCUAACCUAUAGUAGAGCGCUUUCAACACACCCACUCCUUUCCACAUGCCCACUACUUUCCUUUCCACACACCCACUACUUUCCUUUCGACGCACCCACUCGCCCAUACUCAGGUCGACAUAUUGGGCUGCAGCCCCCUUCUCUCUAAACCCUGACCCUAGAACAGCCAUUAUCUCCCAUAGAGAGAGACAAGCUGGAUUCCAUUCUGAAAAAUCACUCCCCUCCUUUCUGUUCUUUGAUAUUUGUAUUUACUAGAUAUUGAGGCUAUAAAUAUGGUAAUAGCUCCAUCAAGUGAAGAUUAUAGGUCCUUACAUGCUGGUUCCCAAUGUUUCAAAAUGAAAUUAUUAGAAAUACAUUUCUAAGUCUAAGUUUGAAAUGAAUCCAACUCUUUCAGCUCACCAUGGGCUUUCCAAGUUACCGAAGGUAGUGGGGAAAGCUGGGAGUAAAAUCCACCAGAUUGGAACCCAGCCGAGGCUGCUCUGACCAAGCAAAAAAACGUAAACAAACCCCCUAGUCCUUUUCCUGUGGAAACUGUCCAAUUACAAACCUGUGUUCCCAGUAUAAAAUGGAUGUUGCUGUCAACGUCAAAUGUUACUGUUUUAUCCACCAGCAAAAAAAAAGAAGGGAAAAAAUGUAUGCUGCCUUUUAAGUAUAAUAGUGUAUAUUGUGGUUAGAAACUUAGAAUGGCCACCUGUAAUGGCAGCUUUGUUGGCACUUUUUGUUACUAUAUUAUUAUUUCUGUGAAAUCCUAUAUUGGUAAAUGUCCUGUAUAUAAUGCAAGAGGUUUGAAGGGGUGCGUUGGAGUGUGUUCGCAGUGUGUGCCGGGAGGCAGUGUGGUUACUGAUAUUUAAGGGAAAGGGUGGGAUGCUAAGAGAGGAAUUGCUGUGAAAUUUGCAGAGGAACCCCUCUUGCUAUGGAGAGAUGUAUUUCGUUCUCUUUUUUAUUGAGAAAAGUGACUUAAGUUUUUGAUACUUUCAAGCUAGUAUACUUGCCUCCUUGAUUUAGAAGCACAUUUUUCGGAAACAGAAUAGGGACAAUCAGUAAACCAAGAAACUUGGCACUGUAUAACGAGAGACGUUCAUCAGAGAGUGGGAUGUAUCCUUUGACGAGAUCAAUGCAGGGACUUCACUUGUGAAUUUGUGAAGAGGGACGUAGGUGCAUGCAAGAAUCUCUGGACACAAACGUGAAUAGGACAGAGGAGUGAGUGUGGGGGAGGACAAGGAAAGAAGGAAACAAAUGUCUUGUUCCCAGUGCCCUGCUCUAACACACCUGAUUAGCCUAGUGUCUCUGCAAAGGGCUCAGCAGUGCAGUUUUCAGUAAUACCUUUCUCACACUACUACUGAGUUGAUCCAAGCUCUACUGCACUGGCCUGGUUAAGCAGCCAUUAUAGUUGCUGGAAUUGUGUUCCAAAUGACCAGGUGGAAAGAAAAUACAGUUAAACAUAGUACAGUUUGGCUUGGUACAGUAGUGUGAAAAGGGUAUAAGAAUUGCCCAGUGCAUUGCUCGGUUCUUAAACUAUUUACCGGUGACUUUGAAGUGGUGUUCUUUUUUCUAACUUCAUCCAUUCUGAAAGACAGCAAUCCCUUUACGAUCCUAGCGUGCCGUAUUCAACAAUGAACAAAUUGCUGUCAACUGUUCUCUGUUUUUAUACUCUCUUUAAAGAUGGACCCACUCAUAACGUUGAGUCAAAAAGGGCCACAGGCUUCGUUGGUUUUUAGGGUAUUGCCAGGAUUGACUCUGGGUACAUUGUGAGGGACCAUUUUAAUGUCGGCAAUGUUUCUGUAUCGUGUGUUGAUGUUGUUUCAUGAGGUGUGUUUUCUCAUAGACCUAUGAGGGAAAUAACGUCCUGUGCCACUUCAGUCGAGGCUAUGCAGGACACUGGAAGGAACUUGGAAGUCAAAACAUCAGAUUCCUGCCUUAGUUAUUCCGCCUCCGUCUUUUGACCUGGUAUGUUUGUGUUGUCUAAUGUGACUUGACACAAAAAUGCAUUUAAUUUGGAUGAAAGUGUGUUUUGGAGACUUUUAAGUGUGUGUGUUUGUGUGUGCAUGCGCUGAUAAGGGAUACUGUGUAACCCCAUUUGUCAAUUUCAACCCUUUGAAAACUAUGGCUUCACUUGCGAUUAGAUACUACAUCUAUAGUAUUAGUAUUAUUUGAUGUAUUUUUUGUUAAUCUUCACAGUGGUAGAUGAUUUUAACAACCGUGUAUGUUACAGUAAAUGUUAUCCUUCAUGCAUUGCUGACCGUCAAGGUGUCUCGUGUUUUUUCCUCGGAAAGAGGGAAGGUCUUCAGUCAAUCCCACUCAUUUCACUGUACAAUGUUCCACUAUUUCAUGAUACAAAUAUACACUAUAUAUAUAAAAGUAUAUGGACACCCCUUCAAAUGAGUGGAUUCGGCUAUUUCAGCCACACCCAUUGCUGACAGGUGUAUAAAAUCGAGCAGAGCCAAGUAAUCUCCAUAGUCAAACAUAGACAGUAGAAUGGCCUUACUGAAGAGCUCAGUGACUUUCAACGUGGCACUGUCAUAGGAUGCCACCUUUCCAACAAGUCAUUUCAUCAAAUUUCUGCCCUGCUAGAGCUGCCCUGGUCAACUGCAUAUUCAUGCCCAUGAUUUUGGAAUGAGAUGUUGACCAGGUGUCCACAUACUUUUGGUCAUGUAGUGUAUGUAUACAUAACUGAUACAUAAAUAUGUUCCACUACUUAAUAAUACAUAUUUAUAUUAUAGCACUACUUUUGGGAAGUCAAGCGGCACCAAGUAAUACCUAGAAAAACUGGACAGUCUAAUAACUCCAACAUUGAGCUUUACAGCUCUUUUAAGUAUAGUUAAAGUUUGCAUAUGUUUUUGCACAAACAUUAUUUUAAAUGAUGUGACAGACAGUAUUCUUUUUUUUUUUAUGAACCACUAAGAGAAUACAAGGUAAAAUCUCUUGUUUUUAUGAUGUCAUGUUUCAUAUCAGUUUUUGUUUAUUGAAAUAUUUGUUUUAUUUACAUCUUACUCUUUAUUAAGUUUUGUAUGGCCAUUUUAUUAUUCUAACCCUUUUCAAGAAAAGAGUUGAGCUCUUUUGUAAAGAAAUUCUGUUUGGAAAUUGGGUUUUGAAGUGUUGUAAGUGAAAAACAGGCUAUUAAAGGAGUGUUGAGAGAA